GAUAACCCUAUUGAAUAGAAAACGUCGAAAUUUUACUGCUGGCUAUCUGUGCAUCAAUCAUUCAUAGGAACUAAUCGUACCAAUUCGGGGUCUAUAAAUCGUAUCACCCGGAUUACGAUUGUUCAUAUUUAGACGGUGUACGCCGGUUGGUCAACAUGAUGUUCAAAAUUUGUGUGGUUUUAGGCCUCUUGGCCGCGUUCUAUACUGUAAACGGUGAAAAACUACGAUUUGAUAACUAUCGAUCCUACGAAGUGAACAUUCAAAAUGAAGAACAGCUCCGCGCUUUGCAAACUUUGGAAGAAAGUCCUAACGGAUACUACUUCCUGGAAUCUCCAAUGCGAUCAAACAUGAAAGUAUCCAUCUUGGUACCACCGCACAAAUAUGCCGAUUUUGAAAAUUUUACCAACCAUUUGGAUAUGGAAAGUUCUCUGAAGAUUGCCAAUUUUCAAGAACUUAUCGAUAAUGAACGUCCGCUAAAGAGGAAACGCGAGGGAUUCGACUGGGAAGACUACCACACUCUGGAAGAAAUGUACGCCUGGAUGGAUGAGCUAGUAGAACAGUACCCAGAAUACCUUCGCAUUGAAUCCUAUGGAGAAUCCUUUGAAAAGCGAGAAAUGAAGGCUAUCAUUUUGUCAAAGCAACCUGGAAACCCUGGAAUAUUCCUGGAGUCUAACAUCCAUGCACGUGAAUGGAUUACAUCCGCUACAACCACCUGGAUCCUGAACCAACUGCUAACCUCAACUGAUCCGGAGGUCGUUCAGCUAGCAACGGAAUACGACUGGUACAUUCUUCCAGUGAUAAAUCCAGAUGGCUUACACUACACCAAAGAAACUAAUCGCCUGUGGAGAAAGAACCGAUCCCGUCAAACUAUCCUCUGCCAGGGCGUAGACAUGAACAGGAACUUCCCAGGACAUUGGAUGGAGGGAGGUGCAUCUGUUAAUCCCUGCUCAGACCUUUUUGCUGGACCCUCUGCCGGUUCCGAAAUUGAAACUCAAAAUGUUAUGGCACUUUUGAGGAAGUAUAAGUCGCAAAUCGACUUUUACAUGUCCUUCCACUCGUAUGGGCAAUACAUGUUGCUUCCAUAUGGUCAUCAGGGUGCCGAUUACUCCGAAAACUACUACGAUUGGAUGCAGAUAGCUGAAGCAGCUGCCCAAGCUGCGGUGCGAAAACACGGCACUCAAUACACCUUUGGAACAACUGCUGAUGUAUUGUAUGUUGCCUCGGGAUCGUCUCCGGAUUGGGCUCAUGGCCAAGAGGGAAUCCCGAUUGGGGUGACGUACGAGUUCCGUGAUACCGGCUAUUAUGGAUUUGUGCUUCCGGCAACUCAAAUCAUCGAAAACGCUGAAGAGGUGCUCGAUUCCCUGGUGGCCUGGAUGGCAAAAGCCAAGGAGCUAGGUUAUUUCCCGCGACGCGACGUUGUCGCUUGAUUGAGUGGAACCUUAUAAUGAUCGAUUAUAUACUAAAUAAACGAAGUUUUUUUGAUGAACAAUA